AUGAUGCCGACGUUGCGGGACAGCACCAUGUCCCACCCCGGCGAGAAUUGCCACCAAGUCCGGGUAAAAGCGUAUUAUAAAGGGGACAUCAUGAUCACUCAUUUUGAGCCGUCCAUCUCAUACGAGGGUCUGUACGGGGAGGUUAAGGACAUGUGCUCUAUGGACAACGACCAACUCUUCACCAUGAAGUGGAUCGACGAGGAAGGUGACCCCUGCACCGUGUCGUCUCAGCUGGAGUUGGAAGAAGCUCUGCGUCUCUACGAAGUCAACAAAGACUCAGAGCUCAUUAUCCAUGUGUUCCCAUGUGUACCAGAGAAACCUGGCAUGCCAUGUCCGGGAGAAGACAAGUCUAUAUAUCGGCGUGGAGCCCGGCGCUGGAGAAAGCUCUACUACGCCAGUGGUCACGCCUUUCAAGCCAAGCGCUUUAACAGGCGAGCCCACUGUGCCAUCUGUACAGACCGGAUCUGGGGUUUGGGAAGACAAGGCUACAAAUGCAUCAACUGCAAACUGCUGGUGCACAAGAAGUGCCAUAAACUGGUCACAGUGGAGUGUGGCAGACCGAUGAGCCAGGAACCAAUCAUGCCCUGCCAACCAUCAAGUCAAUUAGACCAAACUGAACAGCCAGGCCCUCAGAAUAAAGACUCCAGAGAAAGCUUGAAUUACGAUGGAGAAGAGAAGGAGGCGCGCAGCAGUAGAGACACAGGAAAAUCGCCUUCCAGCCUGGGCCUGGCAGACUUUGAUCUGCUGAGGGUUAUCGGUCGAGGCAGCUACGCCAAGGUGCUGUUGGUGCAGCUGAAGAAGACGGAGCGCAUCUACGCCAUGAAGGUGGUGAAGAAGGAGCUGGUCAAUGACGAUGAGGACAUUGACUGGGUCCAAACAGAAAAGCACGUUUUUGAGCAGGCCUCCAAUCAUCCCUUCCUGGUCGGCCUCCACUCCUGUUUUCAGACAGAAAGCAGACUUUUCUUUGUUAUUGAAUAUGUAAAUGGUGGAGAUCUUAUGUUCCACAUGCAGAGGCAAAGGAAACUCCCCGAAGAACACGCAAGAUUCUACUCGGCAGAGAUCAGUCUGGCGCUCAACUACCUCCACGAGCGGGGAAUUAUCUACAGAGAUCUGAAGCUGGACAACGUGCUGCUGGACUCUGAGGGACACAUCAAGCUUACAGACUACGGCAUGUGCAAGGAGGGCUUGAGACCCGGCGAUACAACAAGCACUUUCUGUGGUACCCCCAAUUACAUUGCCCCGGAAAUACUCAGAGGAGAGGAUUACGGGUUUAGUGUGGACUGGUGGGCGCUGGGCGUGCUGAUGUUUGAGAUGAUGGCGGGCCGGUCACCCUUUGACAUCGUCGGGAGUUCUGACAACCCAGACCAGAACACAGAGGACUACCUCUUUCAAGUAAUAUUGGAAAAACAGAUCAGAAUCCCCCGCUCUUUGUCAGUCAAAGCUGCCAGCGUUCUCAAGGGAUUCCUCAACAAGGAUCCCAAGGAGCGUCUAGGCUGCCACCCUCAGACAGGCUUUGCCGACAUCAUGGGCCAUCCAUUCUUUAGAAACGUCGACUGGGACCUUCUGGAGCAGAAGCAGGUGGUCCCUCCGUUCAAGCCCAACAUCUCAGGGGAAUUCGGACUGGACAACUUCGACGCCCAGUUCACCAACGAGCCUAUCCAGCUCACACCUGAUGAUGAUGAUGUGGUCAAGAAGAUCGACCAGUCUGAAUUUGAAGGAUUCGAGUACAUAAACCCACUCCUGAUGUCAGCGGAGGAGUGUGUGUGAGGGAACGCGACACCUGCGCUCAUACACACCUCCCACACACACACACACACACACACACACAAUCAUGCACGUGUUACGUGGGGGUCUCAGUGUCUUCAAGCUGCAUGGUUACGAGACAACCCGGCGACAUCAACCUUCUGUUUGACGGCCGCACAUGCACAGUAGAACGCUUUUUUUUGCCAAAACCAGUCUCACACUCUGCCAUUUAUAACCACUUGCCCUUAAGCCUACCUUCUUUUUUAAUUAUUUUUAUAUCAUGUAAAUCUGCACUGAUAUCGAUUUUUCUCAUCGGGGUCUCUUUAUCGGGAGCCAACGAGGCUACAGAGUCCUUAAAGGUUGCUGUACACAAGCAGGAGAUGAGGCACAGCCCCUGACAGAUUGACUGAACAUCCUCUCCUUCCAGCUGGUUGGGUGUUUUCAAUGCCUAUUUUAUUUGUAUAUAUAUGAAUCUACUAUAAGUGUUAGACAAGGCCUUUUCAGCUUCAAGCCACAGUCGGACAUAACUGACAACUUAAACAUAAAGCAAUUUUGGAUAUAGCUUUGUUGCAACACCCCGUCUGUAGAUGAAAGAAUCAUAACACUAGCCUUUUCAAAAAAACAAAAAAAAAAGAUAAAAAUCUAUAUAUAUAUUUUUUAAUUUUACAACAUCAUGAUGUUGUUCAAAUGUAUUACCAGUCCAGCCUGAGUAUCAGAACCAAAAAGGUUAAGGCUUGGGUUGUUUAGAUAAAAACACAACAUCUGGAAAACAGAAGGCGUCAUCUUCAUGUCCCAUCUGCCCAGAAUGAAGGAACGUAUACAGCAGCAUCACAACACUAAUAAUGAGUUAAUACUAUUAAACUGUGAAUGAAAGUGUUCGCUAUGCAGGGGAAUGGGCUGGAAGAGUAGCACGUCAUACCUGAACGCUGGAGCACAGGUACAUUUUGCUGUGCAGACCAUCCAUGAAAUAUCCAUUUAUACAGGACCAAAAAGAAAACAUUUUUCUGAAAAUGUUUUGCUGGUGUGAAUUAAAAAGUACAGUAUACAUAAGGAAGAUGUGCUGUCCUAAGUCAUAGAAUUGAUAUAUUCCUUCUUUUUUUUCUCCUUUUUAAAUACUAUGCCUUUUCUGAAACGUCAUAAUUUUUGGGGGUACUUUCUCCAUUCCAUGUAUGUCUUUCGUUGUAAAUCCAAAUACGAAGUGAUUGUUGAAAUGAGAGCUUGUUCAGAAGUCCAAAGCUUCAACGCAGUACCUACUGUAAACUGUGUCUGCUGUGCUCCAUUUUUAUCGUAUCCAUCAUAACCCAAAACAGAUAUUUUGUAAACUGCU